AUUCUUUCAUUCUUCAGCCGGCACCCACUUCUGACGGACGUACUCUGCUUCAGCGCAGCUAGGUGGGAUCCCGGAGUCUAGACAUUCGCCGUCCGUGUAGACCAAGGAGGAGCUGAAUCGGCUCCCGAACUCCAUGAAUCAACACACCCCUCUCGCCUGGUCGCCACGGCUGCUGCUACCGGGCCUGCUGCUGCUGCUCCUGCCGGACUGCGCGAAAGCCGCUUCCGGUGUAGCCGUGCAGGUGCUCACUAAUGUGACUGGCAUCUUGAAUGAGUCUACCACCUUGGUAUGUAAUCUGAUGUCUACUGAGAAUGUGACAGUCACCCAAGUAACCUGGAGGAAGAAGAACCCAGAUGGCUCCCGCCCUACCGUGGCUGUCUUCCACCCCACCAAGGGACCCAGCAUCCCAGAAUCAGAAAGGGUGACGUUCUGUGCCCCCAAGCUGGACGGGCAUCCUUGGAAUGCAUCUCUGGCGAUUUCCCACGUACGAGUCGAAGAUGAAGGCAGCUAUGAAUGUCAAUUUGCCACAUUCCCCACAGGCAGCAAGAGCAACAGUGUCCAACUGCGGGUGCUUGCCCGACCUACAAACACUGCAGAGGCCCUGACGCCUUCUCCUACCUGGAAGCUGCAGGACUUAGCUAAGUGCAUCUCCACUGGCGGUCGCCCUCCACCGCAAAUUUCCUGGCACUCGAGCCUAAAUGGAAGCGAAACCCGUGAAACUACGGAGCUAGGGCCCCAGCCAGGCACCAUCACAGUCACCAGCUUCUUUUCCGCGAUGCCCUCGAGACAUGCCGAUGGCAAGAACAUCACCUGCAGCGUGAAGCAUGAAAGCGCCCCGGAGCCGGAGCUGCUACUUGUGAACCUUUCUGUGCCUUAUCCACCUGAAGUGUCCAUCUCUGGCUAUGACGAAGAAUGGCCUGAGGGUCUUACUGGUGCGGCCCUGUCCUGUGACGCUCGAAGCAAACCAGAGCCCACUGCCUAUGAAUGGAGCACGACUACGGGUCCUCUGCCCAACAACACUGAGGUCCAGGGCAAUCGGCUCCUAAUCCACAAAGUGAGCAAGACCACUAUCAAUAACGUGACCUUCGUCUGCAAUGUCACCAAUGCCCUAGGUUCCAGUCAGAACCAAGUAACCGUCCACGUUAAAGGUGAGCUGUCCUCAGACCAGGAGAGAAGGGUGCAGCAGGAUGGCCCCCAGGGAUGGGAGCUGAGUGUGUGCGUGUGGCUGAAUGACGGCAGGUCAUAGGUCACAGAUUUCACCAGCCCGGGCUAGGGCGGGUGUGGGAUACCUCUGACCUGAGGACUCAGAAAGCCCUCUCCAAGCGUACUGGACAUAACUACCGGCUACAAAGACUGAAAGGGCGGUCGGGUCGCACAGGGAUGACUCAGGGGCCAAAGGUGCCUGCUGCCAAGUCUGACCUGGGCUCAGUCCUUGGCACACUUGGUGGAAGGAGACCUGACUCCCACAGUUUUCUGCCCUGCACUUAUACCCACCAUGGCCGACACGUGUGCACACAUAUGCAACGCACACACAUAAACAAUCAUAUUUUUUAAUUGGAAAAAAAAUAAUUGGUUGAAAACAAGGCUUCAGUUCUGGUUAGAUCCAGGUGCUAGACCCACAUCACCCAGGAAUUCUCUUUACAUCUCUCUUUUUUUAGGAUUUAUUUUAUUUAUUAUGAAUACUGUGUUCUGCAUGGCACAAGAUCAGAUCUCAUUACAGAUGGUUGUGAGCUACCACUUGGGUGCUGGGAAUCGAACUCAUGACCUCUGGAAGAGCAGUCAAUGUUCUUAAGCUCUGAGCCAUCUCUCCAGCCCCUUCAUUACAUCUCUUAUCUCUGACGCCAGGUGUGGGAGUGCACAUCAAUAAUCUCAGUACUCGGAAGGCUGAAGCAGUGAGAAAGACAGUUUGGGGCCAGCCUGGGCUAAUUACCUAAUUGUGCCUUUUUUAUGCUGGGUUAAAUAUCAGGCAGGGUCUUCCCAGGCUAGACAGGGAGAAUGCGAUGUUCCGAUUGACCAGGCUAGACAGGGAGAAUGCGAUGUUCCGAUUGACCAGGCUAGACAGGGAGACUGGGAUGUCCCGAUCGACCAGGCUAGUGUGAAAAAAAAAGGAAAUCCCAGUUGCUUGCAUAGCAUGCAUGAGGUCCUGGGUUCAAGCUGCAGCACCCCAUCUACCUGGUUCACACCUGGUUGUGGUGCACACCUGUAAUCACAGUGCAUGGGAGAGCGAGUGGGAGGAGAAAUGGGCACAUGGGGUUAUCCUUGGCCACAGAGCAAGUUUGCGGCCAGCCUAUGCUACAGGAGCCCCCAUCUCAAACAAACAUCCCCCUGUAGGAAUCGUAAAAUGUGGCCAACACCUGGACACUGUAGACUGAGAUAGAUGGAGUUCCCCACAGAAAAUGGAAGGUUUCAAAGAUGCAGGGUUAACUUGAAAGCUGAGUAACUUCUCACCUGCUCGUCCACUUAUUUUCCAGAGCCUAUGCCAUCAAGCCUAAGCACAGCCACCAUCAUCGGAUUCAUCUGCACCGGCAUCUCUGCACUUCUCAUUUUCAUAGUUAUAGGACUCUGGUGUUGUGUUCGAUCUCGGCGGUCCAGGUCCAAUUCCAGGUCCAAUUCCAGGCCCUCAGCAGAGGCGGCGUAUUCACCAGUGAACAACAACAUCAACUCUACCCAGGACAUAGAGAUGAACAGCAUUAAUUCCCAUGACCAAAGAACUUGAAGCUUCAACAACUGGAACCCCACAGACAGAUGAAGAAGCCUCCAGAGAGACUGACUGCCCAGUGUGGUGAUCGCCAAAUGUUCGGGGGUCUCCCAGGACCCUAGUAAAUUCCACAUUGUCAGAAAACACUCGUGGAGCCCAGAGUGGUGGCCCACACCGUCACUCCAGCAGGAGGACAAAUGCAAGCUUGAGUCUAGCCUGGGCUACAAAGCGAAGCCUGUGUAUACACAGAAAGCAAACAGGCUUGAGGGAUUGAGAAAAUGGCACAAAAGCCGAAGUCUUUCCGUGGGUAAGAUAAAUCCUCUACCUCAUGUUGGACCGUGUAGAAUGGUCAAGGAGCUGAAGGACUUCGGCCACUGAGAUUCAAUGUCAGGAUCUCUUUAGCGAUUGAGUCAUUUAGGGCUCUCCACUCUCUUGACAAGGUCUCACUAUGUAGCCAAGGCUAGGCUCAAACUCACAGAGAUCCGUCUGCCUCUACCUCACAAAUGCUGGGGUUAAAGGCGUGAGGCACCACACCCUUCUCAGUCUCCCUUUUGAUAAAGUGAAGAAGAUAUAUUUAUUUUUAAAAGCUAUAUGGUUUUGUAUGUAUUUUUGAGACAGAGUUUUAUAUAGCCCAGGCUAGCCUCAAGCUUACUAUGUAAGCAAGAAUGAUCUUACUAAUUUAUUCUAACUUAUUUGUUUUCAAGCGUAAGCAUACCCCCCCUCCCCUCUCCUCUCAAUCCGAUAGUCUCCUUGAUUCUCCCGGGACAUCAUUCUGAUUUAUGUUUUAAUUGCAGAUAUUGUUUUAUUUAACCAUAUAAAAAUCUGUGAACAACAAAUCAAAGAAAAUGUAUUUGUCUUUCUGAGGCUAACUAUUUAAUAUGAUUCUUUCCACUUGUAUCCAUUUUCCUGCAAAUGAUGGAACCUUGUUUUCCCUUGUGGCUGAAAAAUCCCCAGUGUGUGUACCACCUUUUCUUUACCCACUCCUAUGUGGGCGCACACCCAGGACGGUUCUGUGUCUGAGUUAUUGUGCACAGGCUACAGUAAACACCAGCAUGCAAGUGUC